AUGUCUCACUUGCCAGAUCGCCUGAUCGUCCCACUUGCACAGAAUAUGCUUGGACGACUCAGAUGCACUUUUCCUGGCUGUCCCGCGACGUUCAAAUCUCAACGUGGACGUACCAAACAUAUUCACACCCAUCACAGUUCUAUUCCUGUUGUCGACACUCUUUCCGAUGGACCAUCUAACUUCGACUACGACGGUCCUGAUUUUGAUCUGGACCACGAUGGCCACGAUCACCAUCAUUCAGAAGAUCCUAUUGCUCAGCAUGAAGGUCGUUCUAAGCCACAAUACCACCGCCAUCCACAUCUUCGAGGUGAUCCAUGUGACCACGAGGGUAAUAUGUUACCUCCCGAUGCACCCAUACCCGCACGCCAUGUUGGCCUUCAAGAUGACUGGGGCCCAUUCGGCGAUCAAGCGGAAUUUCUGCUUGCCGACUUUUUGUUCCGCCGUGAAGAGAUGUCGGCUGCUAACAUAGAUUUUCUAAUGGAGUUAUGGGCAUUUAAAGCUGCGAAUCCCACCUGUGAUGUCUACGCAACAAUCGAUGCAAUCCGAGCUGGCGAUAUUCCCUGGCAAUGUUUCUCAGCCUCGCCGCUGAGUGAUGGUACUUCGGCCUCAGACGUACCACGGUGGAAACAAGCAGAAUAUCAAGUAUGGUACCGCGAUCCAGAGGCCGUUAUCCAGGCUAUGUUGGCGAAUCCGGACUUUGAUGGUCAAUUUGACUAUGCGCCAUAUAUUCACUACGACACUGCUGGCAAACGACGUUGGAAGGACUUCAUGUCAGGCAACUAUGCAUGGCGCAAAUCGGAUACAAUAUUCACAAACGAUCCAUCUACCGACGGCGCAAUGUAUGUGGGAGUCAUUCUGGGAAGUGACAAAACCACUGUCUCUGUAGCCACCGGCCAUGUCGAGUACCAUCCCCUGUACUUGUCUAUUGGCAACCCGCAUAAUUCUGUCCGUCGAGCCCAUCGUAAUGCUGUGACACCGAUAGGCUUCCUUGCUAUACCCAAGGCGGAUCGCAAAUACGACAACGAUGUUCACUUCCGAACCUUCAAGCGUCAACUAUACCAUUCAUCGAUUGCUGCCAUCCUUCAGCCACUUCGAGCCCCCAUGACAACCCCCAUCGUCCGUCAAUGUCCAGACAGCCACUUUCGCCGUGUGAUCUAUGAUCUAGCGGCUUUCAUAGCGGAUUAUCCCGAGCAAGUUAUGCUUGCCGGGAUAGUCCAAAAUUGGUGUGCAAAGUGCACUGCAUUGCCCGAGGACCUUGAUGGAAGCACCGCAGAACGACGGACACGAGAAUAUACCGAGGUCCUAACGUGUUGUAGGGACCAAUACGGGAUCGAUGAUGAUGUGGUGCCGUUCACCAAUGAUUUCCCGCGGGCCGACAUUCACGAGAUGAUUUCCCCGGACCUGCUGCAUCAAGUCAUCAAGGGUUGUUUUAAGGACCACCUCGUUACUUGGACCGGCAAAUACCUCGAGGAGAUCCACGGGGAAGCACGAGCGAAUGAGAUCAUCGACGACAUAGACCAUCGUAUUGCUGCUACACCUGCUUUUCCUGGGCUCCGAAGGUUUCCUCAUGGUCGCCGGUUCAAGCAGUGGACGGGGGACGAUUCCAAGGCUUUGAUGAAGGUUUACAUCCCCGCCAUAGUCGAAUAUGUUCCUGUGCAGCUCAUAGAGUGUUUCAGCUCUUUCCUCGACUUUUGCUACCUAGUCCGCCGGUCUGAACUUGGUGAAGAUACCAUCGACAAAAUUGUUGCAGCGCUGCAGCACUUUCAUGAGACGCGUGAGAUUUUUCGGGAGUCUGGUGUUCGGCCAAAGGGAUUUGCACUCCCACGGCAGCAUUCCCUUGUGCACUAUGUCCGUCUCAUUCAGGAAUAUGGCGCACCCAAUGGCCUUUGCUCAUCAAUAACCGAGUCUCGCCACAUCACCGCUGUCAAGAAACCAUGGCGUCGUUCAAAUCGUUAUGAAGCACUCGGUCAGAUGUUACUUACUAACCAACGCCUGGAUAAGCUUGCGGCGGCUCGUGUUGAGUUCGUAGCUCGUGGUCUCCUUCCACCAUCUCACUUGCCUCCGCUGACUCGCAAUUCCUUUAACUUCGUAGACGAACGUGGCUACCCACGAUCACUUGAAACCCUGGCAGCACAUAUUCGGCAGCCGAAACUCCCCCUCCUUCCUCGUCACUUCCUUUUCAACCAGUUACAUCCCAACUAUGAACAUGAUGUGCACCUGAUCCCCGCGGAUGAACUACCCAUCAUUGACACUCCAAUUGCUGUGUUCCACUCCGCAAUAGCCACUUUCUCGGCUCCAAGCGACAUAUCUGGGACUCACGGCAUGCGUCGCGAGUCAAUUCGAUGCACUCCGUCGUGGCGCCGUAAGGAUCCACGACACGACUGUGUCUUCAUCGUCGAGGACCAGGAAAAAACUGGUAUGAGGGGCAUGAUCAUUGGCCGUGUUAAGCUUUUCUUUUCUUUUCAUUUUGAGGGUGUGACAUACCCUUGUGUGUUGAUCGACAGGUUUUCACGGAUGGGGAGAGGCCCAGAUUCAGUGACGGGCAUGUGGAAGGUGAAGCCCGAGAUUACUGGUGCACACGGAGCUCGUGUUCAGUCUGUGGAGCAUGUCGAUACCAUUCUUCGAAGUGCUCAUCUCAUCCCCGUCUUUGGCAGCGGUCCCCUCCCCGAUGGUUUUCAUUUUGCUCAUUCUCUUGACAUGUUCAAUUCUUACUAUGUAAAUAAGUAUGCAGAUCAUCAUGCACAUGAAAUUGUGUUCUAA